CUCUUACUGCCAGCAGCGCACCCGCGCUCGCGCCUGCACCACCGCCUCCACCCUCGUCCGUGCCUGGCCAUGCCGGAGGCCAACGCGCCGCAGCCGGCGCCGCCGCUCGCGCUCGCGCAGUCGCCCGGGCGCGCCGACUCGGAGCCCGUGCCCGCGUCGCCGGCGCGCUCGCCGUCGUCGCUCAAGGAGCGCUUCUCGCGCUUCUCGCUGCUGCCCGGUCGCCGCCGCGAGAGCGCCGACGCCGGCAAGCGCGCCAGCAUCGACGGCGGCGGCGCCUCGUCCGGCGACACGGCCGCCAGCCGCACCAACUCGAUGCCCGCCGACGCCACGCCCGCCUCGAGCGUCGAGAGCGAGCCGUUCCAGAGCAUCCGCGGCGGCAGCGCCAAGGACAAGGAGCGCCUCGACAAGGAGCGCGCCCAGCGCGCCGCCGAGCAGGCGCACCAGAAGCGCCUCACGCUCGCGCGCCGCAUGCAGAGCGACCUGCGUGCGGCGCAGGUCGAGACGCCCGAGGAGCGCGGGCGCUACGGCGACGGCGUGCCCGCCGCCGGCUGGGCCAACGACUACUCGGCGCUCGUGCCGCUGGAGAGCAUCGACGCCGAGGGCGUGGGCGAGACCAUCGUGCUGCGCGCGCGCAUCCACGCCAAGCGCACGCUCUCGCCGCACCUCGCCUUUCUCUUCCUGCGCCAGCAGACGAGCACGCUGCAGGCCGUCGUCGCCGAGUCGCGCGGCGGCCUCUCGCUGCACGCGGCAAAGUGGAUCGAGCGCCUGCCCGUCGAGAGCAUCGUGAUCAUGCGCGGCACGCUGGCCAAGCCGCGCGAGCGCGUCCUCGGCGCCACGAUCCACGACGUCGAGCUGCAGGUGACCGACUGCUUCCUCGUGUCGCGCCCGACGAUCGACCUGCCGUUCACCGUGUACGAGGCGGACCGCGCGCCGCUGUCCGGCGCGCACGCCGACAAGGCCGCCAAGCACAGCGAGAGCGAUGCCGACGACGACGACGACGCGCCGUCGGACACGGACUCGCCGCGCCACUCGCGCCAUCUCGAGGGCGCCGAGGCCUCGCCGCGCCCGUCGCGCCUCGACGAGCUCAGCCCUACCGCCAGCAGCAGCGAGCAGCCGCGCAGCUCCGUCUCGUCGCGCCGGCGCUCGGCGCACGGCCUGCCCGGCGCGCCGCCGCCGGCCGCAGUCUCGAAGCGCACGCGCCUCUCGAACCGCAUCCUCGACAUCCGCUCGCCGGCGUCGCAGGCCAUCUUCCGCAUCAAUUCGCGCGUCAGCACGCAGUUCCGCGCCUCGCUGCUCUCGCAGGGCUUCCUCGAGAUCCACACGCCCAAGCUGCAGGCCGGCAGCUCCGAGAGCGGCUCGUCCGUCUUCCAGCUCGACUACUUUGGCCGGCCCGCGUUCCUCGCGCAGAGCCCGCAGCUGUACAAGCAGAUGGCAAUCUCCGCCGACCUGCAGCGUGUGUUCGAGAUCGGGCCCGUGUUCCGCGCAGAGAACUCCAACACGGCGCGCCACCUGACCGAAUACACGGGUCUCGACCUCGAGAUGCAGAUCAUCACCGACUACCACGAGGCGAUGCGCGUCAUCGACACGAUGCUCAAGAGCGUCUUCUCGGCGCUGCAGACGCACUGCAAGCGCGAGAUCGAGCUCGUGCAGCGCCACUGGCCGCACGAGGACCUGGUGUGGCUCGACGAGACGCCAGUGAUCGAGUUCAAGGAGGGCGUCAAGAUGCUCGUCGAGAGCGGCUGGAAGGAGGAGAACGGCGAGCCUCCGGCCGAGGACGAGGACCUGAGCACGCGCGGCGAGGCGCGCCUCUGCGAGCUUGUCAAGCAAAAGUACAAGACCGACUACUUCAUCCUCGACAAGUUCCCGGCCUCGGUCCGCCCCUUCUACACGCACCUCGAUCCCGAGAACCCGCGCUUCACCAACUCGUUCGACAUUCUGCUGCGCGGCACGGAGAUCUGCACGGGCGGGCAGCGCAUCCACGACGCGCGCAAGCUCGAGGCACGCAUCCGCGAGGCCGGCGUCGACGCGCGCAGCCUCGACGAGUACAUGGAGGCGUUCCGCCUCGGUGUCUCGCCGCACGCCGGCUGCGGCAUUGGCCUGGAGCGCAUUCUGACCACGUUCCUGGGCCUCGGCGACGUGCGCUGGUCGACGCUCUUCUUCCGCGACCCCAAGAGUCUGCCGCUCGACCACAGACCGCCGCCGCUGCGCCACCCCGAGGCAGACACACUGGCCGCCGCGUCGCGUGCGGCGCUGGCAGAGCACGACGCACACGCGUCGCCCGAGGACGCGCCGGCGCCGGCGCCGCUCGCCAAGACGCCCUCUGCCAACGGCGAGGCCUCGACGCCGGCCAAGCCGCUCGUGGUGGCACAGCCUGAGCCCGAAGGCGACGGUGCGCAGCUUGCCGACGGCCCGCCCAGUAAGUGGCCGCUGGCAAAGCUAAUCGCCAACUACGGCGACUCGUCGAACACGUCGUGGCUCGACUCGCGCUUCCAGGUGUGGCGCCACGACGCCAGCGGCGGUGCUGUCGGCUUCGUGAAGCGCGGCAAGUUUGCCAUCGUGGUGGGCAACCCGCUGUGCGACCACACGCAGUACCGCCUCGUCAUCGACGCCUUCCUGGCGCACCUGCGCGAGAAGGAGAAGCUCAAGCCGAUCUGGCUGCUCGUCGGCGAGGAGGUCGAGCACAUCCUCGGCGGGCGCCUCGACUGGAGCAGUCUGACGUGCGUCGUGGAGCAGCGCGUGCCCAAGGAGGGCCGCGCCGCUGCCAUCCGCGGCGGCGACAUCGAGAAGAAGCUGCGCAAGGCCGAGCGCGAGGACCUGCACAUCGACGAGUACGGCUUCCGCGACGAGAUUCCGCAGGACGUCAAGGCCGAGGUGGAGAAGCGCAUCGAGGACUGGAAGAAAUCGCGCGAGGGCAAGCAGCUGCACCUGACGAUGGUCGACCCGUGGCAGGACGAGGGGCACCGCGCAUACUACGUCACGCGCUCCAAGGACAAGAAGAUUCAGUGUCUCGUCGUGCUGGCGCAGCUGAGCCCGGCCAACGGCUUCCAGAUCAAGUGGGCGUUCGACUUUCCCGGCGCCAUCAGCGGCGCCAUCGAGUACACCAUCGUGCACGCCGUGUCCGAGUUCGGCGGCGACAGCUUCACCUUCGGCGCCAGUGCGGCGGCCAACUUCCACACCGUGCACAACCUCGGCGGCCUGCGCGUGCGCGCCCUCAGCAAGACGUACGCCGCCAUCUCGGCCGCCGCGGGCCUCGGCGGCAAGAACGACUUCCGCAAGAAGAUCGGCGCGCGCGACGAGCCGCUGUACAUUGCGUUCCCGCGCCACGGCCUGCGGCACGGCGGAGUGCGCGCCAUCAUGAACUUCUUCGAGGAGUGAGCACCCUCAUCCCACACCUAGCUCGCCUGCUGG